GGGUCAUGUGUUCGGGUAGAGUAGCUCGAGUACCAAGUAAACAACUAAUAAGCUCUAAAAACUAGUCUUCCCCGAAUCCCCAAUCUCUCCACAAAAAUGGAAGGAUCCACCAACAUAAUUUUUGGCCCAGUUUUUCAAAACAACAAACCACUCGACUAGUUGGCGCGCAAAUGAGCUCUGACAAGCGCCGAUCAGAGUCUACUCUAGGUGGAAAGUGUUGUAUUGCUUAUGCCAUCCCAUGCCCAGAGAUCGUCGUUCAUACCGCAUACCUCGUGUGAUACUGAUGGGGCCCUGGAAAGGCGUUAUGCCUGCAUCCCAUUUGAUGAUACCCAAAGAAAUCUUACUGUUGAUCAGUACCAGUUUUGUCCAUUUUGGAGACAGCAAGCUUCACUCUUCGAAUCAUGUCAACUUUAUAAUUGAGAAAUACUGGUAGCAAGUGAAAUCCAGAUCAGCUGUCAAAUGGCGGGGAAAGAGCAACCCCAAAGUCUUUCCAACCCAUCAAACCCAUUUAACAAGGACAUACCCCGGGAUGAUUGACGUUCAAAGAUAAAACUUUGGGAGGAUCCAUAACUAAGAUUCGGCCCUUCUCUUUCAACCCACUUGCUACAUCUCCAGAUUCCAUUAUUCCAACAUUUUUCGUGCUCCAUUAUUACCCCAAUCCUUCACUUCCUUUUUCUAUAUAAGUCUUUGUGUCGAUCACCGAGACUCUCGCUGUUCCCUUCUUCUCUAUCAAUCUCUAUCCUGCCUUGAAGAAGGCCAACUUCUAUUUUACUGUGUGCCACACCUCUACUAUCAGCAUAAGAAAAGGUUUAGUUGCCUGAUCACCAAUAAACAAGAUGAUUAUCGGUAACGUCUACUUCAUCGCGGCCGUGGCCGUUGUGGGUGGUGCUCUAUUCGGUUUCGAUAUCUCGUCUAUGUCCGCUAUCAUCUCAACUGAGGCAUAUUUGUGCUACUUCGAUCAAGGAGGAAUUGUUAAUGGUAAAUGCACUGGUCCAUCUCCAGAUGUUCAAGGUGGUAUCACUGCUUCUAUGCCCGCUGGAAGUUGGCUUGGAGCCUUAUUGUCUGGGUAUAUCUCAGAUAUGUUUGGUAGAAAGAGAUCUAUUCAAAUUGGUUCCGUCAUCUGGGUCCUUGGCUCAAUCAUCGUUUGCGCUGCCCAAAACAUUCCCAUGCUUAUCGUCGGACGUAUCAUCAACGGUCUUUCGGUUGGAAUCUGCUCCGCUCAAGUUCCCGUCUAUAUCACCGAGAUUGCACCGCCAUCUAAGCGUGGAAGACUCGUCGGUUGCCAACAAUGGGCUAUCACCUGGGGUAUUCUCAUCAUGUUCUACAUUUGCUAUGGUUGCUCCUUCCUCAAAGGAAACGCUGCUUUCCGUAUCCCAUGGGGUCUUCAAAUGAUUCCAGCUGUCUUUCUUUUCUUCGCUCUUUUCUUCUUGCCAGAAUCUCCAAGAUGGCUCGCUAGAAAAGACAGAUGGGAGGAAGCUCAUCAAGUCUUGUCUCUUGUCCAUGGCCGCGGUGACGCCAACUCCCCAUUCGUUGCUAAGGAAUUGGCUGAAAUUAGAGAAGUCGUUGAGUUCGAGAGAGCCAACGCCGACGUUACCUAUAUGGAGUUGUUCAAGCCCAAUAUGAUUAACCGAACACACAUCGGUAUCUUUACUCAAAUCUGGUCUCAACUUACCGGCAUGAACGUUAUGAUGUACUACAUCACUUACAUUUUCACUAUGGCUGGUUUGGGUAGCAACGUUCUUUUGCCUUCCUCGAUUCAAUUCAUCAUCAACGUCGUCAUGACAAUUCCUGGAUUGAUCUGGGUUGACAAAUUAGGUCGUCGCCCUGUCCUUUUGUUCGGAUCCAUCUUGAUGUUGAUUUGGCUUUUCAUCAACGCUGGUGUCUUGGCCACAUACGGAACAGUCCCAUACGAGGGACAAUUCUCUAGUGCCGCCGAAUCUAUUUCUAUUACCGGAGCACCAUCCAAGGCCGUCAUUGCUUGCACCUACCUUUUCGUUGCAUCAUAUGCACCAACAUGGGGUCCAGUUUCCUGGAUUUACCCACCUGAGCUUUACCCUCUCCGUAUUCGUGGAAAGGCAGUCGCUCUUUCUACCUCCGCUAACUGGGCUUUCAACUUUGCUCUUGCAUACUUCGUUCCACCUGCAUUUGCCAACAUUAGAUGGAAGGUUUAUGUCGUUUUUGGAGUCUUCUGUGUUGCUAUGACCCUUCAUGUUUACUUCAUCUUCCCAGAAACCAGUCAGAAGCCUCUUGAGGAGGUCGAGGAGAUCUUCGACUACUCAAAGCCUGGAAGCAUCAGAUUCUUGGGUACUCCAGCCUGGAAGACAGGCGUUGAUAAGAGAGCGGGUCGUUUGGAGAGAGGAGAAUUCGAUGCUGAGGAUAAACUUGGUCCUAGUGUUGCUCAUCAUGACGGUGUUACAGCUGUUAAUGAAACUUCUAAGUCUGAGUUGUAGACUGGAGUUGAAUAGAAUGAAGUAGAAUAGGUGGAUGGAAUAAAUGGAAGAGAUGGAAAGUUUAGAGGUGCUAGCCGAAAUAAGGCAUGGUUUAAUGAUGGUGUAAGAUUCAUAAGUGGAUGUAUGGGCAUUGGUGGUUCGCUUACUUUGCUUGAUGAUUGAGAAUCAUGUGGAAUGAUGGAUGUAUGAAAAUAGGAAGAUGGAUAUUAAUGAUGGGAUUUUAUGUGAAGGAAAAGAUGGGUAGGAGGAUCAUUGAUACCCCAGAUAUAUAUGAGAAUAUGAAUAUCAGAAUAUUGUUUCUUGUUACUUUGUUAAAUCUCCCGGGCGCA